UGGGAGUGAUUGUCAGUUUUAGUGUCGUCUCGCCAAGAUAACAUGAUGAUUAUAAAAUCGGGAUCAAUCUCAGCUCGUUUAAGGCACAUCACGCGAAAUAUCACGGUGGAGCCCGUGAUUGUAUUGUACUUAAUUUCCAUUGGUCUCAAUGAAGUGAUCCGACCUAAUCUCCUCAUUCAAAAAGCCUGCCGUCAAAAGCUUAAUUUCUCGGAGGACCUGUGCAAUGAUCUCAACAACGACAAUCACACUUCUGAACUGGAUGAGGUGCAACAGGAGGUCUCGAAUUACGAGGGAACACUCAGUUUGGCCGCUUUUUUCCCCCGGGUCAUUUACGCCCUAAUCGCUGGGGCGUGGUCGGAUCGCUUCGGAAGGAAAUUCAUCAUCGGAAUGCCAGUCUUUGGUCAAGUUCUGCUUUCACUCUCGCUUUUGUUGAACUACGCUUUCCUUUUGGAAUUCCCAUUCGGCAUGCUCUAUCUCGAGUUCCUCAACGAGUUAUGCGGAUCCUUUGUGCUGUAUUACCUAGGGAUUUACAGCUAUAUCUCGGAUGUGACCAGCAACAAGAAUCGAACCACACGACUCUCGUUUGCCGAUGGGACGGAUUACAUUUCCACCAUGAUUGGAACGUCAAGCAGUGGUCCACUGUUCAAAUUCCUCGGUUUCUACUUCGUUUUUGGCGCCAGUGCUACUCUCUCUCUCUGUGCUGUUGUCUAUUUGGCUUGUUUCGUUCAAGAGUCAAAACCUCUUGGUCAGGCGGAAAAGGAAACGGGGGAGAUGAUGGUCAGUCAACCGGAAAGUUACGGCGCUUACGACGCCACUCCGAGUGUGGAGAACCUCCCAAGGACAAAGAAGACCUACUGUCAAAAACUUCCUUUUCCAUCGGAUUUCUUGGCCAGUUUUAAGACUAUCCUUAAACCUCGAGCAGGCCAUGGACGUCUCAUGAUUUGGAUGCUCUUAUUCAAUUUCGCGUGUUACAUCUUUGCUUACAAUGGCACGGAAGGAUCGCAUCGUUACUUGUUCGCCACCAAGAAAUAUGGAUGGGAUGAGCAGGAGUUCACGGUGUUUCUGUCCAUCUACCGGAUCCUCUAUCUCGUCACGUUAUGGUUGAUUCUUCCGGUGCUGAGUCGAUAUUUUCAACUUCAUGAUGCUUGUGUGGCCAUUAUCGCUUGUAUCACAGGGGCUGUGGGGAUGGGCUUUCCGGCCCUGAUUGAGCCUUCGUGGGCGUUUUUCCUGGGCAGCUUCAUCUCCUCGUUCAGUCCUGCCGCCACCAUUGUGGUUCGCUCCAUGGCCAGCCGGUGUGUGGAGGAAAAUGAGGUAGGCCGUGUUUUUGCAAUGAUCAGUUUCAUCAGUGCCAUUAGUUCAUCCCUGAUCACGGCCGCGUUUCAAGCCAUCUACUCGACCACAUUGAACACAUUUCCGGAGACGUUUCUUUUAGUGAACGCAGCCUUUUUUGUAGCCACUAUUCCGAACAACAUUUUUUUAUGGAAUCGACUU